ACACUAUACACAUGCGCCCUCAGUAGGACAAGGACCCAAAAGGAUGUGUUAAAAAAAACUACUUGGAAUUCUUAUAUGGAACUUUGGCCAAUGUAGCCGAAAUUAUUAACAAAAGUUGCAUUUUUUCCCUCUAUUUCACUCCGGAAUUUUGGAGUUUGCGGUCUAUCCUUGAGGAGGGAAGGUGACACCUUUGAGCCGCAGCAAUAAUGAAGAGAAGAAUCGACACCGCACCUUUGCAGGCUGCGAAGAGGAAGCAUGACGACAGCAGCUCAGAUGAAGAGUCAAGAUUGUCCAGACAAGACACUAGCCAAAAUGACACUCUCAGCGACCAGGAUGAACCCCGAGCCACAUUCUCCAUGCCUUCCAUAUCUGUCGACAACCAGGACCCAGAAUGCACCACGCAGAGCACCACAUUCUCCAUGUACAACAGCGCAUCAAAGAACAUGAUGGCCAAGAUGGGCUUCUGUGUGGGCGAGGGUCUUGGGAAGUUUGGUCAGGGCCGCAAGGAGAUAGUGGAGGCGUCAACCCAGAGAGGACGGCGGGGUCUUGGGUUCAAGCUGCAGGGUUUCCAGGGGACGCUCAAUGUGGACUGGCGAGAUGAACCUGAGCCCAGUGCCACAGAAAAGGUCGACUGGUUCCCAGAAUGCACUACUGAAAUUCCAGAUGCGGAUGAAUUGAGGGACUGGAUGACUGUGGGCCCAAACAAAAUGAAGAUUGAGGAUGAGACUGAGUUUUGCACUAAGGACCUCCUGCACACUCUUCUACUGUGCAAGUCAGCGUUUGACGUCCUGGAGGGUGAGGAGAUGAGGAGGGCACGUACUCGUUCAAACCCCUACGAAACAAUCCGAGGAGGAAUCUUCCUCAACAGAGCAGCGAUGAAAAUGGCCAACAUUGACCACUGCUUUGAUUACAUGUUCACCAACCCAAAGAAUUCAGAAGGGACGCCUCUGAUCAAUAAAUCCGAGUACAAGCUUUUGUACUUCGGUGACGUGUGCGCAGGGCCCGGCGGCUUUUCUGAGUACAUCCUGUGGAAGAGACGCUGGCACGCCAAAGGCUUUGGCAUGACGUUGAGAGGACCCUGUGACUUCAAACUGGAGGAUUUCUUCGCCGCCCCCAGCGAGUUGUUUGAGCCCUACUAUGGCGAAGGAGGCGUGGACGGCGACGGCGACAUCACACGGCCAGAAAACGUGACGGCCUUCAGGAACUUUGUGCUGGACAGUACGGAGAGAAGAGGGUUACACUUCCUUAUGGCAGACGGGGGUUUCAGCGUGGAUGGCCAGGAGAACCUUCAGGAGAUCUUGAGCAAACAGUUAAUGCUCUGCCAGUUCCUCACCGCUCUCUCCACACUGAGGAUAGGUGGACAUUUUGUCUGCAAGACCUUUGACCUCUUCACUCCUUUCAGCGUGGGUUUGGUCUACUUGCUGUACCUCUGCUUUGACCGGAUCUCGCUCUUCAAACCUGUGACCAGUCGGCCUGCCAACUCGGAGAGGUAUGUGGUAUGCCGAGGUUUAAAGCCUGGCUCAGACGCCGUCAGGGAGUACAUGUUCAAAGUCAACCUGAAACUCCAGCAGCUGAAGAACACCGACACGGAUGUAACUGCCGUGGUUCCCCUGAGCAUCAUCAAGGAGGAUACAGACUUCUACCACUUCAUGGUCAACUCCAAUGAAAGCUUGUGUGCAGUCCAGAUCAAGGCUUUGGCCAAGAUCCACGCCUUUGUUAACAAUCCGGAGCUCUCAGAGAUGAGGCAAGCCUCCAUCCGCAAGGAAUGUCUCAAGCUUUGGGGGGUGCCCGACGAGGCUAGGGUCGCUCCGGCUUUCUGUGACCCAAAGUCCAAAUUCUAUGAGCUGAUGAAGAAUAACGCAGCAAAUGCGUUCAAGAACACCACGAUGCCACUCAACUCCAGCACUCUUUGUCGGCUGUCUCAUAUAAUGGACCACUGCUGCAUUGUGGGAGGUGGCGAGCAGCUCUUUCUUCUAGCGCUCGGGAAGUCCCAGAUUUACACAUGGGAUUGUAAAAUGCCGUUACGCUGGAAGAAGCUGGAGAAUUUCAAGCUGGAGCUUCCCAGAGAUACCCUCCUGACUGUGGAGAUCGUCCAGGAGCUGAAAGGCGAGGGAAAAGCGCAGCGCCGAAUUAACGCCGUGCACGUGAUGGAUGCCAUCGUACUCAACGGCACCGAUGUCAGAGAUCAGGACUUCAAGCGUCGGAUCCAGUUGGUGGAGAUGUUUGUGAAGGCGGUGGCGAAACCCAGCAGACCUGACAUGAACCCCAUUAGAGUGAAGGAGGUGUAUAGACUGGCGGAAAUGGAGAAGAUCUUUGUCAGACUGGAAAUGAAAGUAACAAAGAGUUCAGGCGGAGUCCCGCGUCUUUCAUACACAGGCCGAGACGACCGCCACUUCCUCCCCACCGGCAUUUACAUCAUCAAGACUGUCAGAAGUCCGUGGACGAUGGCGUUCAGCAAAACCACCAAAAAGGAGUACUACUAUAAUUGUGAAACCCGGAAAGCUGAGUAUGUCCCACCAGCUAACGCAGUGGCCCACUUCGACACCUGCCAAGCUAAUCGUCUCUUCUGGGCGUGGGAGGACGGCGUCAUUGUGCACGAUUCUCAGACACGGGUGGACCCGGAGAAGCUCUCCAAAGAUGACAUUCUCCGCUUCAUAAACCAGAAUCGCCAGUCACUGACCGCCUCUACUUAUGACUUUUAGUUUUUACACAUUGAGCGCUAACUUUGAGAGGACACAGGCCUUCAAGCGAUGGCUUCUUUUUUUUUUUUCUUGUGGCUCCCUUGAGGGAAAUGGUGACAUUUUGGUGUCUCUAACUUUGAAAAACCAGCUGGAGGAUUUUCAUGCCAGCAUUGUCUGUUUUUAAUUGUUUCCUGCCAAUGCUUAUGUCUGAGGGUAUCUUCUACUAUUAGUUCAAUAAUGCUUGAUGGAAACCGACGAAAAACUAUGCAUCUUAACGAUGAAAUAAUCAUAAGGAAACCAGUCGUAGAUGUAGCAGCUUUUCCCUGUCAAUUCUGUCAGUCCUACGUCUUGGAAGUCGUUUUCUUUUUUUUGAUACUUUUCCUCCAUUUACUCAUCAUUUCUGCCUAGUGUAACUUCAGCGUUAUGCUUCUUUUUCUUCUUGUAAAUGAUAGCUAACUAAAAAGAACAAAUAAAGCCAGUCGGAACUCGCUAUA